AUGCGUAGCAAAAGAGCAUGUAAUGCUAAAACACAAGGGCAAUGUGGAAUUGAAAAAUAUUAUAAAAUCAAUAGUAACAAAAUACCAUUAUCCGAAAGACAAUCUUAUUCCUGUCAAGGUUUAUCAAAUAAUCAAAUUAAACAAUAUAUACUUUGUUGUCUAUCUGAUUUUAGUGGAUCAAAACAUGAAACAGAACUUGCUUAUCAAGAAACUUUAUCAGUAACAAGUGCUAAAUAUACAAAAUUUACCAUUCAUGAAUCCAAAAUAUGCGAGAAAUAUGAUAAAUUAAGAAAUAAUCCACGUUUUCAUAAAGCCAUUAGUGUG